AUGCUCAUCUGCGCAGGAGUAGGGUACUGCUACGUGCUGCGCAAAGCCGCAGAAGCAGACUCUGUGUGGCUUGUCUCUGCGAAUGAGAUCGAGCUCGAGGAGACAGACGAGAUUCUCGGGCAGGGAACCUACGGUGAGGUGAUAAGAGCUAACUUCAGAGGGACUCCUGUAGCAGUCAAGCGAGUGGUUGCGAGAAGAAUGAAAGGAGCGGGAGGAACAGGAUCGUCCUUACGAUCAGGAUCUAUGGAGAUUAUGCGGAUCCUAUCAAGACUGAGACAUCCUUGCAUUAUCACGAUCAUGGGCGCCGUGAUUGACUCUAAGAUGGACCCCCUCAUAGUGUUGGAGUUGAUGGAACUUGGCUCCUUGCAUUCUCUCAUUCACAACCAGACAUUGUUGCUCGAGGUUGACAUGUUUGUCUGGAUGCUCCUCGAUGUCGUCCAGGGAGUUCGCUUCCUUCACUCUUCAAAGCCACAGGUUAUCCACGGCGACCUGAAGAGCAAGAACGUACUGGUGGACUCUAAUCUCAGAGCAAAGGUUGCAGACUUUGGUCUCUCACUUGUCAAACGCGUAAGCUUUUGGGAGGAAGCAUCGGAAGGAACAGGAACCAUUGCCUGGAUGGCACCAGAGCUUCUACACGGUGGAAACAAUUCGCCACAGUCAGACAUCUACUCGUUCGGCAUCAUUCUCAACGAAGUUUUCAGCAGGGAGGAACCAUAUCAGGGCGAAGAUCUCAAGGCUGUCAUGGUCGAAGUGAUGAACCUGCAGCGAACAGAGAUGAAGCGUCCUGUUAUCGCCGAAUGCUGCCCGGCCGAUGUCAAGGGAUUGAUUAGAGACUGCUGGAACAAGGAGACAGAUCUCCGUCCCUCUCUCGCUGAGAUU